AUGUAGAGUAUAUUUAGUGUUUUAUUUAUUACAACUAUUUUAGUUGUAGGAAAAUGCUUAAAUUAAGUUUCAGAGAAGGAAAUGAUCAAAUUCUUAAUCGAUUAGAAAUUUAUUGGAACUUGGUAAUCGAGAAUAAAUUCCAUGGAUUAAUUCCAUUAUCUAGAUUAUUAAGAAGGAUAAGCGGAAGUAACAUUUGAUUUCAAUAAAAAUCUUUAAAUUUGUUUUCUGAAUCCAAAGUAUCAUGAAAAUAAACAAGUUUAUGCAACAUUUCGACUCUCAAAUUACACUAAUCUUACAAAGUAUUAAUAAAUUAUUUUUAUUUCUUAGAAGUUGGUCAGAUGAACAAAAUGUAAAUUUGCAAUUUGGAACAAUUUUCAAUCUCUAUAACUAUUAAUUUCCUUGCUAAGGAAAGUUUCUAGUAUAAGUCAUUUAAGAAAAUACAUUUUCCGAUAUAAAAAACACUUAAAUCAUAAUAUCUCUAUAAAGCAAAAAUAAUGAUGAAUUGAAUUUAUGUUAUUUCGAUAUGUCUCUUUCAGUUGCAUCAGGAUAAGAGUAAGAAUAUAGAAAUACUUUGACAUUUAUGAUAAUAUCAAUAGUUUUAUCACUAAUUUAAAUAGUAGCUACAACAAUAUUAGUAAAAGUUGAUGUGAUAGUUGGAUAGGAUGUAAGAUGCAAUUAUUAAUUCAUNAUUUUAUCUGUAAGAAAUUGUAAUAUAAACUUAAAAUAUCUUUAAAUAAUUUUAUUGAUAAUUUUUUUAAUUUAAGUGGCUAAAAGUUAGUGUUAAAUUUCCCAUUUUUGA